AUGGACGACCUGCUACUCUCCUUCAUCUUCCUAACCUGCGUCCUCUUGAUCAUUGCAACUACCACAGCAUUCAUCAUCCUGCAACGUAGGCCGCUGAUGAACAAAUCCUACGUGGGCCCAAACCUACCCCCAGGCCCAGCAAAGCUACCCAUCAUCGGAAGCCUACACCGGAUGCUGGGCCGCGGCCUGCCCCAUCACCGCUUGAGGGAUCUGGCCCGGGCAUACGGCCCCCUGAUGCACCUCCAGCUCGGCGAAAUCUCCACCAUCGUCGUCACCUCCUCCCAGCUGGCGAAAGAGUUCAUGCAGACGCACGAUCUCAACUUCGCCAGCAGGCCCUCCAUACCAUCCGCCAACGUCAUAUUCUACGACGGCAGGGACGUGGCCUUCGCAGCCUACGGCGCGUACUGGAAGCAGAUGAGGAAGAUCUUCGCCCAGGAGCUGCUCCUCCCCAGGCGCCAGGAGCGCGUGGACUCCAUGCGCCUGGUCAUGGAAGAGGAGGUGCGCCAGCUGGUGGGGUCCAUCUCCCGACAUCAUCGUACCAAGAGUACUACUGCGCCGUUGAACCUGAGCCGGAUGCUCGUUUCCCUGUCCACGGCCAUCACCUACCGGACCGCUUUCGGCAAGUUCCCGUCUCAGCAGGACCAGGGAGCCUUUCUCGCCGCGCUCCAGCAGAUACUUGUGGUGCUCGGCGGGUUCAGCCCCUGCGACGUCUUCCCUUCCAGCAAGCUGCUGCGCGUGGUUAGUGGGACCCAGGCCAAGCUCAAGAAGCUUCACAGAGAGACAGAUGUCAUCAUGGAAGCCAUAAUCAACGACCAUAAAGCGAAAAGGUUGCCCGGAAAUUGUUGUGAUGAUCGUCGUAACCAAGAUCUUGUUGAUGUGCUCCUCAACUUCUCCCAGGACCAUGCCCUUGGAUUUCCCAUCACCAACACCGAGAUUAAAGCUGUCAUCCUGGACAUAUUUCUCGCCGGAAGUGAAACAACCUCUGGAACGUUAAAUUGGGCCAUGUCGGAGUUGAUGAGGAAUCCUAGAGCAAUGAAAAAAGCACAAAUCGAGGUGAGAACAUUGUCUGAUGGCAAAGGAAUAAUCGAUCAAGCAACUCUUGACGAGCUACAAUACAUGAAGCUAGUCGUGAAAGAAACUCUCCGAUUGCAUCACCCACCUUUAGCCGGUCCAAGAGAAGCCCGAGAAACCAUGGUGAUUGGUGGAUAUCAAAUACCGGCCAAAUCUAGGGUCGUAAUUAAUUCAUGGGCCCUCGGUCGAGAUCCUCGUUAUUGGACAGAACCGGACAAAUUUUACCCCGAGAGAUUUCUUGAUAGCCCAAUCGAUUAUAAGGGAUCAAAUUUCGAACUAAUACCGUUUGGAGCCGGAAGAAGAAUUUGUCCCGGGUUGCAAUUCGGUGUGACUCUUGUCAAUCUAGCAUUAGCAAAUUUACUUUAUCAUUUUGAUUGGAAACUCCCGGAUGAUAUGAAGCCUCGGGACAUGGACAUGACCGAAGAAUUCAGUCUUGCAAGCAAGAAGAAGAACAACUUAUUUGUCGUUCCUGUUCCCUACUAUCCCUAA